UUCCCUUCCCUUCCUCCCAAAAUUUACCUCCCUCUUCGAAAAGACCACCAUGCUCACAAUCUUCGCCCCCUCUCUUUCUCUCUCCUAAACCUUUGAAAAAUCCUUCCCAAAAGGGACAAACUCUUCUCUCUCCCCUCCCAUGGAUCCGUCGCCGUCUCCUUCCCUCGACCUCAACAUCGUCCCCUACGGUUUAAUCGUCCCCAAGAUCGAGCCCAAGCUCGAGCAGAACGACCUCUCGAUCCAGAUCGGCCCAAUUGAUUCCUCACCAAACCCUAACCCUAACCCUAGCCCCGAUAGCAUCCUCUCCCCUGAGGUCCACACUCCACUGCAGCAGCUUCCCCCUGAUGAAGACGCCCUCUUCGCUGAGUACUACCGCCUCGCUCAGCUCUACCUCACCGUCGUCGUCGUCUCCAAGAAGAAGAAGCUUCGAUCCGGCGAAAUGGUGAGGGUUUCUACCCUCAGCCCGCAGGAUCAGGUAUAUUUUAGGGAUUUAGUUCGGAGGACGAGGAUUACGUACGAAUCUCUGAGGAUUCUUUUGAUUCGGGAGGAGGAUAGGGCGGAGGGAUUGGGGCUUUUGACGAGGAGGAGCAGGGCUGACCUAAAGGCGGCAGCUUUGAUGACGGAUCGUGAGCUUUGGUUGAAUAGGGAUAAGAGGAUUAUUGGGCCGAUUCCGGGGAUUAAUAUUGGGGACAUUUACUUUUUCAGGAUGGAGCUUUGUGUGAUUGGGUUGCAUGGGCAGGUUCAGGCUGGGAUUGAUUAUGUCUCGGCAAGCAGGAGCUCGAGUGGGGAGCCCAUUGCGACGAGCAUUAUAGUUUCGGGGGGUUAUGAGGAUGAUGAUGAUAAAGGGCAUGAGUUAAUUUAUACUGGCCAUGGAGGUAGAGACCAGAAUUUACAUAAGCAUUGUGCAGGGCAGAAACUUGCUGGGGGCAACCUCGCCUUGGAGAGGAGCAUGAAUUAUGGGAUCGAGGUACGUGUGAUUCGUGGGGUUAAGUGUGAUAAGAGCCCUACGAAUAAGGUUUAUGUUUAUGACGGGUUGUAUAAGAUUGUGAAGUGUUGGGUUGAUGUUGGGAAGUCGGGGUUUGAGGUUUAUAAAUACAAGCUUUUGAGGAUUGAAGGGCAGGAGGAGAUGGGGAGUAUGUUGAUUAAGCGGGCUGAGGAGUUGAAAGUAAAUCCAUUGAGUGUGAGACCAAGUGGGUAUUUAAGCUUGGAUAUGUCAAUGGGGAAGGAGAAUUUCCCUGUUUCCCUAUUUAAUGACAUUGACGAGGAUCGGGAUCCUUUGUUGUUUGAGUAUGUUGCUCGACCUGUGUACCCUCCUGGUUUAAGGGAAAAGGUCUUUGGUGACUGGGGAUGCGGGUGUGAAUGUGUGACAAAUUGUACAGUGGAUUGCCGCUGUGCAAAGAUGAACGGUGGAGAUCUUCCUUAUGAUAAAAAUGGGAUACUUGCAAGGGGAAAGCCAGUUGUAUAUGAGUGUGGAAGCACAUGCAAGUGCCCACUGAGUUGUCCAAACCGAGUGAGCCAGAGAGGGCUGAAGAACAGGUUAGAGGUGUUUAGGUCUCAGGAGACCGGAUGGGGGGUUCGUUCCUUGGAUUUGAUAAGGGCUGGAUCUUUCAUCUGUGAAUUUAGUGGGAUUGUACUAACAAAGCAACAGGCAGAUGUGCUUACAGCAAAUGGGGAAUGCUUGGUUUGUCCCAAUAGGUUUCCAGGAAGAUGGGUGGAAUGGGGAGAUAUAACUGAUGUGUUCCCAGAUUAUAGGCCGCCAAAUCUUCCUUCUUUGCCUGAACCGAGUUUCUCAAUUGAUGUGUCGAGGGCAAGGAAUGUUGCUUGCUAUAUGAGCCACAGUUGUAGCCCAAAUGUGUUUGUGCAGUUUGUUCUGUAUGAUCACUAUAAUGUGGCAUAUCCCCAUCUUAUGAUCUUUGCACUGGAGAACAUACCUCCUCUGAGAGAGCUGAGCCUUGAUUAUGGGAUGGUAGAUGAAUGGGUGGGAAAGCUCACCAUGUAGCAGAAUUCCAUAAGAAGGGGUGCUAUCAUGCUUAUUCUAAUUUUGAGUAUGUGGCUCCAGCACAUGCUUUUGUUGACUGAACAUGCUUCCAUAGUUACCAUCGAGGGAAUUUUAUAUGCUACUCAAUCCUCUGUGCGGAUCAGGCUAGGAUGCUACCAUGACCAUCCCUUGCUGCUCAAUGCUUUGUUUGUGUGGCACAUACCACUGACAUUUUUGUAAGUUGGAAGCAUGAAAUAGAGCUCUUUCAUCAAUGGUGGAAAUAUCAACUUCUGUUCGGGUGUUGUAAGGAGACUUAUCUAGUGAGGCAAUAAAAGACUCAGUAACUAGGUACAGCCUCAUGUUUGCGUAGUCCAGUUACCUUCAUUAGAUCGUAUAUGUAUAUAUCUGUAUAUUAUUUUUGCCCUGUUGUACUAAUAGCUGUUAUCCCAACUAUUUUUGAGAAACAUUCCGUUGCCCAAAAAAAAAACCCUUUGAAAAA